CCGGGACAAUCCUCGUAGCGCUUUCGGGGGCGGGACUGUUGGUUCUGACAGGAAAACUAAAGAAAGGCGAGUAUCUCGCAGGAAAAAGAUGGCGGCAAUCAGAAAGAAACUGGUGAUAGUCGGUGAUGGAGCCUGUGGCAAGACUUGCCUCCUCAUAGUGUUCAGCAAGGAUCAGUUCCCGGAGGUCUACGUGCCUACAGUGUUUGAAAACUACGUGGCAGAUAUUGAGGUGGAUGCUAAACAGGUGGAGCUGGCCUUGUGGGACACAGCAGGUCAGGAGGACUAUGACCGACUGAGGCCUCUGUCAUAUCCAGACACAGAUGUCAUCCUCAUGUGCUUUUCCAUUGACAGCCCUGACAGUUUAGAGAAUAUUCCGGAGAAGUGGACUCCAGAAGUGAAGCACUUCUGUCCCAAUGUGCCCAUUAUUCUUGUGGGAAACAAGAAAGACCUGCGAAAUGAUGAGCACACGCGCCGAGAGUUGGCUAAAAUGAAACAGGAACCUGUGAAGUCAGAGGAGGCGAGAGAAAUGGCCAACCGGAUCAAUGCCUUUGGUUACUUGGAGUGCUCAGCCAAGACGAAGGAUGGUGUGAGGGAGGUGUUUGAGAUGGCCACCAGGGCGGCGCUACAGGCCAAGAAACGAGGCAGAAAGAGUGGCUGCCUUCUGCUAUAGAGUGUCAAGUUACACAGGUUAGGGAGGACAGGAGGAAAGGAUCCUUGCCAACAAAAACAUUCCUCCUGUUUCUACUUUGUCACCAUGCUGUGCAGAAUUGAAUGGGGCCUUUUCAGGAAUAAGGGAGAAAAAUCAAACUAGGUCAAAAGGGGAGUGUAAGCAUUCAUGUCCAAGGUUUAAUCUGCCUUUAAUCUGUAAUCAUAUCUUUGGAUUCAUCAAGCCUAAAAUCAAGAGAACAUGGAAAGAAGGAACCAUCUCUCUUAAAGAGGUGCGUUGGGAUUUCCAGACCUAUGAAGUGGUCUCCGUUAUUCUAAAUUGCAGCCUGAUGGUCUGUACACGAGCCCAUCUUUAGAACAGAUCCAUCCCAGGUGUUCAGUACAUUCACAGCUGUAUACCAUAUGAACAAGUUUCUGGGGAACUUGGCUUGCGGCGUUUCUUUGAGUUAACAUCCUAUUAGUCUGUACUUUUGUCAUUUCCUUUAUUUCUCUGCAAAGACCAACCAACUCUAUACGGACCUGAUUUCCUCCUUUAUGAUGAUGAAGUAACCUGUCGCUGCAGGUUCACAUUCAAAAUCCACACUACCGCUCAAAAGUACAAGUCGCCAAAUGUCAAAUUAAAUAAUUCAAUAAAAAUCACACUUUUAUUCUUUAAAUUCUUUAAAUGAAUCCUAAAGUGAGUAGAAAACAUAUUAUUGAUAUUAAAAAGGUUAGAAAUAAUGAUUUUUGCAAAAAUAAUCGAGUCUUUCCAGCAUUCUACCAUCAGUUUGCUGACAUUUUAGUUCAUUCUUCCAGAAGCUCCCAGUUUAAUGUGGGUGAGAGUGGACUGAGACCCAAUGACAAUGAUUAUCUGUUCAUAAAACUUUCUCCCUGACUUUCUCUGUCCAACAUCUGUUCUUUUUCCCCCACUUUAUUUCUAAAGCACUUUAAAAACAACAUAACAGCUGACCAAAGUGCUGUACAGAAAAUAUAAGAACAAAAGAAUAAAUCGGUAAAAGUACAUACAAAGGGGGUAAGAAGAUGACAACUCUCACUGGGUUAAAAGCCAAGGAGAAAAGGUGUGUUUUUAAAAACAGUGAGGGGUGGAGCCUGCCUGACCUCCAGAGGCAGCUCAUCCCACAUUUUGGGAGCCAAAGCUGCAGAAGCUCGGCCUCCUUUGGAUUUAUAAAAGCACCUGGUUAGCUGAUGUAAGAGCAUGUGACGGCAUGUAAAGGUGAAGCAGCUCAGGGGCAAAACCAUUAAGAGAAUUAAAAACAAAAGAAUUUUAAAAUGGAUUCAAAACCUUUACCCAUCUAUUCAUUUUAUAAGGUGGUCUUUUUUCCCCCACUGUUUUUAAGCAGGCGUUCCUGAUCUGCUUCUCAGCUCUUGUCGUUUAGUGUUUAACAGGUGUUGUUCUCCGACAGCAGACUCAUGUAUUUGGCCUGCUGCUCAGUUGGGCUGUUCUAUAAAGGGAAUAAUAUUGUGUACAAUGUUCUGGGCAGUUUCCUGCAUGCAAUAAAUUUAACAUGAAAUUUCCCCUUGUGGGACUAAUAAAGGUAUAUAUAAAAAAAAAUAGCGUUCACUUUCAUUGCACAUUAUGGUUGAACACACAAAGGAUGAUGUUUCAGUUACUCAGCUAGCUAGAAGUUUAAAAAUGUAACGAAUUAACCUUCUAACAUGAUAAACCUGAAUUAGUAACAACAUGCCAUUGGAACACUGUGUGCUAAGAAUCGGCCUUUCUACUCCAAUACAGGUAUUCCAAUAAAAUUACAGUAAUGCAUGAUUACGUUAGUUGUGUAUGAUGUAGUCAUAGUCUGUGGUUCAUUUCUGACUUUUUUUUUUUCAAAAUAAAAGUCUGCGCUUCUCUUUCAAAACAAGGACUUUCUGUGUGAUGCCAAACCUUGUAAGAUUAAAUUACCAGUGUUUUGUACAACUUUUAAAAAUUUGAUUGCUCGAUUUUGUUUUUCAAGUCAUUAAACUGAUGUGAACUGUCUAACACUGUAUGUAGUUGGCUAUAGAAGCGCUAACAAAGGCAAAUGAUCCUGAACAGAGUUUUUGUUAACUGUCAGAUAUUAAAGAGGCCUUGGUACCUCUGACCCAGAGGAGUGGAUGUUUAUAGAAGAAAGGAUUGUGUUCGAGUCGAGCAGUUCCAGUUUUAAUGCGACACCUCCAUGUUUCUGAUCUGGUCUUGUUCACCUGCUGUCUUGAAGAAUUCAGUAUAAUGUACAAUUUCUACAACACUAAUUCCAUCAGUGCUACAGUUAGACUGUAACUAGAAGGCUUUUAAGACUGGACACACUUGGUAAAGAACAGUGUUUCUCUUUUAAUAUCUUUGUGUUGUACUGAUGGAAUUAUUGGAAAUUUACAUUAUGCUACUUUAAAGCAUGUUGUGAGGCUAAUAUGUAACUCAUUAUUUAAGUACAUUUAUUAAGAACAUUUAUAGUGUACCUAUAUGUUUUGUUUUUCUUUCCUGCUCUGCAUUCCAUUGUAUGCUAUUUUAACUAUGGGAUAUUCUAUCAGCUUACUUUUGUAUUAUUUGCACAUAGCUUCAAAUGUCUGUGUCGUAUAAAAACACACAAUGUCCAAAUUCUGAAAUGCAAAAUGCAAGGAUCUUCUAUAGGAUUGGUUAUUUGUAAGCAAAAUAUUCUUUUAUAUCCAGUAGUCUUUUGUAAA